UUAAAAUAUCACAAUUUUUAUAACCCUAUUUGGCAUUGAAAAAUGUGUCAUAUGCCUCUGGGAGUGGCCCAGGCCUGUUUCUGCCCUGAGAGGCCCUGGGUAUAAUUUGGGAUUGACGGUCAGACUCUCAGUUGUCUGUACCCACAGAGAGCCUGGCCAGCUGGCCCACCCACUCAUAACCUGAACUCUGCCCACUUACAGGGGAGUUGGGGGCAAAUUCUGGGUUUGCAGGUGCAUUAAGGCAAGAGGUAGCAGCCUCCAUCCUGAAAUGGCCCCAGGGAUCUGGGACGGGCUGAAGUCUCCUGUCCUGUGUAUUCUGCCUUCUCAGCCCACUGCUUAUCUUCCCCCCAAUUGUGACCUCAUGUUAUUCCAGAAUGAGCUCCUUUCUGGACCCCUUUGGCUUCCGGACCCUCUCUGUUAUGGGGCUGGGGGCUGUAAGUGGGGAUGGAAUGCACUGAGCUGGCAGUGGGGCUCGGCCCUUCAUAGAGGGAGACACUAGCCUUAGGCAGCCAGGAAUGGAUGCCAGCCCAGCCAAGGGGGUCUUUCAACCAUGGCCAGCUUGACCCAGCAGCUUCUGCCCCUUGGGUGCCAUCAGAUGGGGAGGAAGAGAAACCAAAGACUGGAGGAUAAGAAGGCCUGAGUUGCAGAAUAGGUCAUAAGCAGGAGGCAGAAGGGACUCAGAAUUGGGGAAGCUACCCUUCCACUGACCUUGGGGACAGCUGUCAGGGUGGGAGAAAGGUCCCAGGCCUCAGCCCAUGCCUGUCAGACUAGACAUAAAGGAUCCUGUGACCUCUCCCCGCCCCGCCCCUCAACCACCUUCCUCACAAUGGGGUUCAUUGCUGAGGUGGGAGGGGCAGCCUAGGGAGGGCACAGCGGGGGGCAUGCCUGCCAGACAACCUCGGGGAGCCUGUCCUUUCAAGCAUGAGCCAUACCAUCUGGGCUCCCCGACUCCCAGUGUGCUCUUAGCUCUGCCCGCCUGGCGUGGGGUCCUGGAGACCUUCUUGGAGCUCAUCCAGCAACCAUCACGCAGGGUGGUGCUGGGGACCGCCCUCUUACUCGGAGGUGGAGGCCUCAUGUUGUGGAUGCAGAGGAAGAGGAGAAGGAAGAAGGAUUCUGAGACUGCACAAGACGAGCAGGAGCCACCAGAAAGCGACAAAGCAAGGAAGGAGAGCUGGAUCAAAUCGCACUUUAGCUGUUUUUCUGAAGAGAAGCUGGCUGCCGGCAGCAACCCCACCUGCAGCCACAGCGCCGGGGCCUGCAGCAGCGGUGCUGCUGCCCAGCCUGAGAGCGGCAGCGGGGAGGCCAGCACCACGAUUCGUGUGGACACCUUCACCACGAGGCAAGGAGAAGAGGGCACUGCUCUUCACCGGGAGCCCUUGACCAGCAAGCAGAGGAUGUCUGGGACCUCAGUGACCAAAGAGACCCACGAGGAGUCUGGGAAAUCCUCGUCCACAGAUGAGGCCACGUGGGCCGCCGUGGCUGCCUGUACCAAGGAGAUUGACACCAAGGGGCAGCAGCUGGCUAUCUCCAUGUUGCAGCAUGCCACGGCUUGCCAGAACUCAGGCCACCUGGAGUCCAAGGACAUCAGCCAGGAGGAGCUGAAGGCCCUCGAGGAGGUGGAGAUGAAGCUGAAAGGGAAUUUCCUCACCCAGCAGGAAACCACCACAGCUGGUGCCAACCACACGCACACCUUCCAUAGCCAUUGCCACCAUGGCCACCAGGGUUAUCCAAGCCACCCGUGCCACAGCCUGCCGAACAGCAGCCACCAGGCCUACCAGCCCUUUAAAGCCACCUGACCACAGAUGGAGAUGCCCCUUCCCCCCACAGGGCUGGCACACAAUCACAGGCAUCCUAUGUGGUCCGUAUCUCCGAUGGGGCAAACUAUGUGGCCCAGAUGCUGCUUAAAUCCCUUCUUCGUCAGGCCCUCACAAGGGUCCUGGGCCCCUUGGAUUCUGUGAGCAGGGUCUGCCACUGAUGGCCCCUGACGGAGGGAGAGCUGGGGGGAAUUGAAGCAGCUGAGACAGACUCGCAGGCCACGGAAGACCCACCGAGAGAAGAUGCGCGAGGCAGAUCCCAGGAGCAGCUGAGAGCACCACGCUGAUGCCAGCUGCCUGGAACUGAGCCAGUAAAGCCUUGUACACCCUCACUCUGGGUCUGAGGGCUUUGUGGCCAGCCCCAGGUCUGGGCGGGCGUCUGGGGAGAGGGUCCCUCCUCCCACAGUCCUCUUCAUGUGGGCUGAUUCGAGACUCCAUAAUUCGGUCUCCCGGGUCUCAGUUUCUGGGCGUGGGGAAUCUCCAGGGGGCUCAACUGCCACCGACCUGCUGCUACCAAGGAAGGAGGGAGCAGCUGGGAGUUGGGAGGAGUGGGGAGAGACAGGCUUUGAGAAGCCAGGAAGUAAGCAGGGGUGGGAUGUAGGUCACCCUGUGUACUACCGCCCUCUCCCUGCCCGCACUGGGAUCCGUGUUGGUGCCUCCCCACCGCCUACCUUCAAGUUACUGUACCAUAUGCUCUCUUGUUCAUGCUACUCUUGCUGGGGCUGCCUCUGUUGCAGUACUGCUAAACCGUAGUGGGAUUAGUACUACCAGUAGCUCUGCUCACCUUUUUUUGAGUGUUUAGUAUAUGCCAUGUUGUGUGUUGUGUUACGGCACAGCCCCAUGAGGAAGGUAUUAUGUUAUCUCCAUUUUGUAGGUGAGGCUCAGACGUGUAAUUUUCCUGAGACAGCCUAGACAGUAAGUGAUGUUGCUGGGGUCAGAGCCCAGCUUGGCCUAACUCCAAAGCCCGUACCCCGAACCCCUGCCCUGUGCUGCCCCCGAGUCCGAUGCCCACCAUCCCCCAGUGGGCCUAUCUCUCUUAUACUUAUCCCUUUCCUCUUCCCACAUGUCCUGAUACUCGCUGUGCCCUCCGGCAAGCCUGGGACUCUCCUUGCCUCCUCUUCCUGGGUUUCACAAAGUCAUUUCUGGAGCAAGCAGUGACCCCCAGUUAGGCAGUUAACGGGAGGCAGCUGUCAUGAAACUUGAGAGGACUCAGCUACAUGGCACUGUCUAACCUCCAGUGUCUCCUUUACAUAGAACUUUCUUAGCAUUUGCAUCUACUAUGGAUUUACCAGUGGUUCCCAACCUGUGGGCCUCCAACUCCAGGAAGAAGGUGCCCAGAAUCAUUGCAAAGGAUGGGUAAAUCUAUAAACACCCUAAAUGUUGUCAACUGAUUUUAUGGAGCAUAGUUGGGAGUAUUUGAAUAUUUUUGACAUUACUGAUAAGUGACUUUAUAUAAAUGUUGAUGUGUGUGUGUGUGUGUGUGUGUGUG